CGUCUUUUAAGCGCACCUGCCCAAUUGCAACAAAUCUAAUUGCUUCUUGCCGCCGUACGUCAAAAGUCACUUGCCGCGGCACAUCUUAUACUUGGCCUCCUUCCCCGCGCUUUUUCUUCUCAAGAAGUCCUCCAGCAACACACCUCGCACAUCUCCAAGUACAAUUUAUAUCGCUUACACACUAUAAUCCGCGCUGCGCAGUCCGCUCCAUUGCCACUCGUCGGCCUUCCUGCACACUAUCACACCAACAAGGCUCCCUCGUCGAAUCGCUGGGACCGGUCGAUUGCGCUCCAAUCACAUCGCUGCUCGCAAGACAACCCUACGUCACCUCGACAUCCGGAUUUCGCGGCCCCAUUGAAAGAUGGCAGCCCUAGCCUUGAAGGCCAUCAGCGUCGGCGCAGAGAAGGUUCCCGACAAGUUCUUCGAAAAGAUCCCCGGAGGCUACUUCACACCCGCAGAACAGAAAGAAAUCAAGAAACACCGUAAAGAACGCAGCGACAGACACGAAAGAGAACGACACCACAGCGAAGAAAGAUCCAGCAAGCGCAGCUCACGACAAGAGCGCAGCCCGCCGACUGAGUACUCCGACUACUACACGGACGACACCGACUACGAGCGCGAACGAGAGCGACGAAAGAGAGAGCGACGACGCGCAAAGAGCACUGGAACGACUGCUAGUAGAGGUCUGAGUCGGGGACGACACGGUAGACAUAGUAGCGACUUUGACGGACAGCACAGCCCUCCAAGAGACAUGGCUCAACCACAGCAGGGACAGCCCUACUUCCCUCCUCCGCCUACAUCCGAGUAUAAGCCGUAUAAUCCACAGGAGUAUGCUCCUAGCCCCGUGCAGGAUCACCGCCCAUCUGCUACUCCUGCCUACGGAUACUCUCCUCAGCCAGCACCUGCAGAGCCACGUGGUGUCACUCUAGACUAUGGCCAGCGCGAUGCUCCCAGAAGCUCUAGGUACAUUCCUGGCCCUGGAUACGCGCCGUCGCCCGCGGUAGACGCGCCCAUUCCGCCUCCACCUGUUGGCUCGAAUUCUCCUAUGAACCCCUACCAUCAUACCGAGUUCCCUGCGACUGGCGCUGGCUACCAACCGUCUCCGCCGCCCUUUAGCCGUCAGCGCUCCAACUCUCAGCCUACUUUCGCGCCUGCUUUUGCGCCAGUGCCUAGCGCAGUCUACCCGACCUACAUCCCCCCAUCCGCUGAACAGCCAGUGGUCGCUUACAACGACUCCCAACCUCGCUCUCGCCGUGAGAGCACCAAGCCUCGUCGUGAACAUCGUCACAGGGCUAGGUCCGUUGACUCUCACUCCCAUCAGUCCCGCUCUAGCAAAGACCACCGUCGAGAUGAUUCGCGCAUGACUAAAGUGCGCGAUAGAUUCGAUAGCAUGGAUCUGCGCGAGAAGAGCCUGGCGGCAUCGGUGGGAGGUGCGUUGGCGGGAGGAUUUGCGGGGAGAUCGUUGGGUAAAAGUAGGCUGACUACGCUUGCAGGAGCAGCUGCGGGUGCGUUGGGUGCCAGACAGAUUGCGACACGCUCAAGAAGCCGAAGCGAUCGCCACUCCACGUCCCGUUCUCGCUCCCGAUCCCGGACUCGUGCGCAUGAACGCGAACGCAGCAAAGGUCCUGGCCUGCGUGCUAGAAGCCGCAGCGUAAUCGAUCGCUUCCGUUCCAAGUCCCGCGGCCACGACGAUCGCGAUUCGCGAAGGGACGAUAGGCGCGAUCGCGAUCGCCGUCCAGACCAUGGAUACGACUAUGGUCGCGAUGAUUACGAUUACUUCAGCAGCGACUCUGAGGGUGAUGGCAGUCCUGUCAAGACGAGGCGACACCGAAGGAGGGACUACUAGAUGCAUUCAGGAACGUGAGAAAGUGUAGGUUUCUACACGACUGUAUUAUUACACUUCUUCCUCUACUUGCCUGUCCUCUGCGUUUCAUCUAUGUUCCGCCUUGACUGCUUUUUUUGGCAUGCAUGUAUUGAUAUGAGACGACGGUUUACGAUUUACGACAGUAACGAAGAGCGUGAUGUGGGACAAUUACUCUUUACAUUUGUGGAACGAGAUUUCAGCGCCUUGAUUUAAGCGUCUUUUUUGUUCGCAUGUUACUGGUAUCGUGAAAGAAUAGCAAUAGAGAAACAAAAACACAAUGCUUCCA